AUGCUAGCUCCUCUGCUCCCCAGGCCUCCCACCCCCCUGGCGGACCGUGCCUUCUCCACCUUUCCGUCCUUCGGCUCCGUGGGCGCGUGGCUGGAGGCCCUGGACCUGGGCCGCUACAAGGACAGCUUCACCGCCGGUGGUUACGGGAGCCUGGAGGCCGUGGCCGCCAUGGCCGCCCAGGACCUGGUGAGCCUGGGCAUCUCGUCGGCGGAACAUCGAGAGGCCCUCCUCAGCGGGAUCAGCGCCCUGCGGGCACGCGUGCUCCAGCUGCAAGGCCAGGGGGUGCAGGUGUGAGCCGCUCUCCUUCCAGGCCAUGACCGCAGGCCUCACAGGGACCCUGGCACGCGGCACCCCUGCGGGGUGGAAGGGAGCGCGCUCUCCCUGCGCUCGGGCCCAGGGCUUGUUUGGGACCACAGUUCCCCUCAUUUCACUGCCUACUCCUCCCAUUUUCCCCAGUCUGAACACCUUGGCUGACUCAGUCCCCUUGGCCAGAGGGUUUAAAUCCCUGGGGAGAACCCCUGCGAUAACAGCAGGAGGCAAUGCAGGGUUCCAGAGACCACGGUGGGCAGGACGGAGAGGGAAGACGUAGCUUUAAAUAGCCUGGUUCAUGUUUUUCUGUCUUCCGCACCCACUGGGGCCUGGGGCCUACCCCAGUGGGUGCCCCUUUUUCCCACAGGCCUAUUGGGCAGUUGGCAGCAUGGGUCCCUAAUAAGCUCCCAUGAGACUCGGCAGGGGCCACAGCUGCUUGGCAGCCCACCCUGAAGGGCCUGGAGAGGCAAGGGCCUCAGCUCCCUGCACUUGGGCUCGGCCCUGUCUGCACACUGGUCCUGAGGCCCAGGCAGCGAAGGUGGUGCUGAGCUCCGGUGCUGGACCCCAAGGGCCCCGAUUCAGGAGCCAAUUUCUGCUUCCCCUGCCUUUGGGCUGCGAGUUCAGGGUGAGGGUGAGGGCCCUGGCUAGGCCAUCAAGGUCCUGGUGCUUCCCUGAGGUCCAGCUAGGCCUCCCCUUCGCAUUCCUUUUCUAGAAGAGCAUGAGGUGAGAUGUUUUCUCCCCCGGAGGACCCGUGAGCUUUGCUCUCCUGCCUCAGGGGAUGGUGAAGAGAUCCUUGGGGGUGGACCUUCUCUCUCUGACAGGCUCUGAGCCACACUGUGCAGAGAGGAAAGUCGGAGGCUGGUGGAGGAGUCAGGGCCAGGGCUGGGGUUGGAACGCAUGCCCUCAACUCCCAGUCCGAGGGAGAGAGAGUCCCUGGUCCUACCUUGUGAUACCAACACUCUUCCCCGAGGAAGCCCGAGGGUACUCUGAGGUGACCGCCUCUUGCGAGUGCUGUCUCCUGGGCACCCCUCAGCCUCCCAGGGAGCACCUUCUCCCUCUGGCUUCUGUGGGGCUCUGGCAAGAGUGGCCACACUGAGCUAACUUGAGUUCUGUAUCCAGAAGGGCUUCCCAGAGGCGGUGGUGAUCGAGAGGCCACGGCAGGAAGGCAGCUGGUCUGGACAGGAUUCCUGGGGCUGCAUUUGUCUAGGUCACCCCUGACAUAGGCCCACUCUGGGCUUGGCUGUGUGGGGUGGGGUGGGGUGGGUGGGAAGGAGGAGCCAAGGGGGAGAAGAAGGGGGUGAAUGAAACAUGGAGCUGGCCCGUGGAGGGCUCAGCCUAGGUGGGGAGACAAGCUCAGGCACUGAGAAGUACAACAGGGGUGCCUUCCAAAGGUGCCCUGGGCCCCACAGGAGACCUUGGGGUCUGUGGGCCAGUGGGCCUGAGGGCAGAUGGACACUCGUGAUUUGUGUCUAUGGAGGUGUGUCUGGAAAGGCUUCUUGGCUGAGAGGCUGAUGCAUAAGUUGAACAAGGCUUUGCAGGUGGGGGUGGGGGGCGUCUGUCCUGGGGGGUGGAGUUUUGCAUAGGCCAGGAUGGACAGCCUAGGGUAAGAGGCAUCCAAGCUGAGGGGCUGGCACAAGAAGGAGCCUGGAGGCUGGAAAUGCAGCGCAGUUUUGGGGAGCGCCCAUGGUGGGGGACAGUGCCUCACAUCAGUGCCUUUGGCCUCACCCUGCCAGCAGCAGCUCUUCUCUCCUUGGAGCCCCUCGCUCCGCCCCCUACCUCCUAGGCAGCCGCCCCAGUCAGGGACUUUGAGGGCAUGGGGGAGCUUGACCUACUGCUUCCACCUUGGACAGGGAUGGAGUGUCCCUUGCCAGCCGCCCUGUGGACUCACCCCUCCCCCCAUCCAAGCUUGGAAAGGACGUGAGGACCGGUGUCCAGUCUUGGGUGGAGGGAGCCUCAUCCCUGUCUCCAGCUACAUCAGUUAUGCUCUAAAGGCCAAACCCCCCUCCCCCUCCCCUAGCUAUUCUGCAGAGGGGCCCCCUGGCUGUGUUAGCAGGACUUCGGUGUCCAGGGUAGACCUCCCCUCCACGGAGGAGUGAGGUCCCAUAAUCCUGAGGGGUCCCAGACCUCUGCCCUGCACGGAUGCGGGCUGAUGGCUCUCUGGGAGCCCUCUACAGAUCUAUUUUUAUAUGGAACUUGUUCACUGGACAGAGGGAGGUGGCCUGCAACCCUCCAGCUCCCCCAUCUGAGCGCAUCCAGGGAGGGAAGGGGCUGGUGGGGGGGGUGGUUCCUUUGGCUAAUUCUGGAGAUGUUUUUAUAUUUCAUGGAUUCUAUA